AUGCCUGACUUCACCGAUAAGCUCCGUCCAACCCAGCCAGAUGGACCAACAACCCUCGCUCGCGAGCGAGGGCAGUCCAAUCUCUCGGUACACGAGCUAAGCAAGCACUUGUUCUCAGCAGAUGGUUUCCUCGAGAGACAAGCUCGGAUACUGCCUAUCGUGCAGAAAGAGCCGCUUUUCUCCAAGGAGAAACAGCAAAACCUGUCACGCGUGGAAAGAUUCAAGCUCGGUCUGGCGCGCGCAAAGCUGCUGCGCCGAAUGACUGACCAACAUCGGUGGGAUCAUGAAGAUUACAAGAUGGCUCAGUACUUGGUUGACGAUGUCUCCCCGUACUUCCUGCACAUGGAGAUGUUCGUUACAACCGUUCGUGAGCAAGCAAGCGAAGAGCAGCGUGCCUACUGGAUGCCCUUGAUUGAAUCGUGGAAGAUCAUCGGUGCAUAUGCUCAAACUGAGCUUGGACACGGCAGUAAUGUCCGAGGCCUGGAGCUCGAGGCACGUUGGGAUAGCAGGACCAAGGAGUUUAUCCUUCACAGUCCCACGCUGACGGCGAGCAAGUGGUGGAAUGGAAGCUUGGGUCGCGUUGCCAACCAUGCCAUCGUCGUUGCCCAAUUGCUUCUUCCAAAGCCGGGGUCGCCAGAACAAUACGUGUCUCAUGGCCCUCAUCCUUUUAUUGUGCAAGUGCGCGAUAUGAAAACCCAUCAACCUCUGAAUGGCGUGGUCAUUGGAGACAUCGGGCCAAAAUACGGAUAUAUCACCAUGGAUAAUGCCUAUAUGCUCUUUGAUAAUUUCCGCAUCCCUCAUUCUGCAAUGUUAUGCCGAUACUCUAGUGUUGAACCCAAUUCUGGAGCCUAUAAAAAGCCAGAGCAACCAGCCGUGGUCUAUGGAUCACUGACAUAUGUCCGCGCAAACAUCGUCCAUCAUGCGAGGUUAGUGCUUGCUAGAGCAGUGACAGUAGCAGUCCGGUAUACUGCUAUUCGGCGGCAGUUCCAAGACCGGGAUGGUGACAAAAAUGGGCCGGAAAUGUCCGUUCUCGACUACCCAACCGUCCAAAUCCGCAUUCUCCCUCUGCUGGCAACUGCAUUUGCGCUUCAUUAUACUGGCCUGGCCAUGCAGAAUGUGUAUCAAGCGACCCGGAAGGACAUUGAAGGCGGUGAUUUCCGCUCCUUAGCUCAUAUGCACAGCAUGUCCUCUGGAUUAAAGAGUCUGUGCACUAUGCUGGCUGCAGAUGGUAUUGAGACCUGCAGGCGCGCAAUGGGUGGUCACGGCUUCGGUGGUGGAAGCGGUCUCAUCCAGCUAAAUAAUGACUAUCUUUCCAAGCCCACGGUCGAGGGUGAUAAUUGGAUGAUCACGCAGCAAGUUGCUGCUUACCUGAUUAAGAAGAUGUCUGUUGCUGUGGAGUCAAUCAACGCCCCUGGUACAGACGAGACAGAUGCUCGGUUCAAGGAGUUUAUUCGGAACAAACGGAAUGCCGGUUCUAGCCAGCCCCGACGAAGCUUAUUAUUGAGCGAUCGAGAUAUCGUUAAGAGCUUCGAACUCCGAGCAACGGCUUUAGCCUACGAUGCAUAUGAGCAGCGCGUAUUGAAGAAGCAAAACUGGAAUAGCCUUCUAAUCCAGCUUCACAAGUUGAGCAAAGCUCAAUCCCAGUCAAUACUCGUGGCCACUUUCUUUGAAGCUUUGUCAACCGACAAUACUCUCUCGAACCCAGCGAAGACCAUUUUGUGGGACUUGUUCCGCCUUUUUGCUCUUUAUACCAUGGAGAAUGAAGGAUACGAAUUUUUCCGCUGCAAUGCUGUGGCUCAGUCCGAUCUCGAUACCCUUCCGUCCCGUGUCCAGGAAUUGAUGGCGCGGAUUCGGCCACAUGCUGUCAACUUGGUUGAUUCGUGGAAGAUUCCCGACUACCUUUUGGAUAGUGCACUGGGACGAUAUGAUGGCCGUGCUUACGAGGAUCUCUACAAUAGAGCCCAUCGCUUGAACCCACUCAACCGGAUCACAUUCAAUCCGAAUUACUGGGAGGAGGAGAUUGUAAUGGGGACAGGGGAAACUGGGCGAAACAUUCUAUCCAGAUUGUAG